CCUUCGUUCUGUUUAAAACAAUGUGGAUAUUUCUCUUUACUCAGCUUUUAUACUUCUUGCCAUCAGUGGACCUUUCUGAUGUGGAGUUGACAUGCCCACAAUUCAAGGAAGGACAGAACAAACUCAUAUGCAAGAUCAACAAAACAGCAGUUGAUAAUGCAGGAUGCUUAUCAUCACCAGAAUAUGUGAGAAUAGAUCGCACAGUUGGUAAAAUCACAUCAACACCAUGCCGAGCACCUUUACCAGAACCUUCUAAUUGUAAAAAACAGAAUAGCUCACUUCCUAACAGCUGCUGGUGUGAUGAUUCCACCCAAGAUAUCUUUACAUAUAUAUUUGCUUACUGGGCCAAUAUAAGCCAAGAUAAUGGAGCACUGCUAGAAUGCAAAUAUUGUGCAAUAACAAAAAGUCCUUUGAAGAUAAAAGUCUGCAAAAAUAUAAGCUUCGGUAAGUGUUCCCUUGAGAUAAAGUUGAAUGACUCGUUCUAA